CACCCAUUCCUCACAGCCUACAUGUAAGGUUCCUGUAGGUCAUCUUGAUAAUCCGCCGCGUUUUCCAACUUCGCUUUCUAUCUCCAGCUCCUCUUGGACCCCUCUUCAACCUGCACCAUCUUUUACCAUCCUGCCAUACUUUGGCUGCUAACCGUUCCGUUGCUUGACUUGGGAUUUGCAACCACCGCCAUCACCCGAUUGAGCCGACUCCCGGCCGUGCCCUUCCGUCAACCCUCUCCGGCGCAAUCCAUCCUUCGACGCACUGCCUUCUAGCCUCGCGCCUCGCUCCUCGCUCUUGAACCUACAAAACCUUAGCUAUCUGCCCACGCCUCACUUCGCCUCUCUGCUGUCAUGGCAAGCAAGAAUUCGGCGGCGACCGUCAAGGUUUCUGGCUCGGCUGCCAAUUACACGCCUGCCACCUUGGAUCCCGAGUUGCGAUCGGCCAUUAAUUCGGUCUUGAUCGAAGAGGGCCAUGUCGGCAAGAUUCAAGACCAUCUUCUGCACUCGCUGCAUGCCCACUCGUCCAACUGGCCCACGACAGUCCAGAAUCACGCCCUGGCUCUCCUCCGCUCCGGCGAAAUCAGUACCUUCGGCGCCCUUCUACGACGAGUCGUGGAAGAUGUGCGCCACGAUACAGCCAAUGCUCCCUCCGGCGACGCCAACGGAGGUGAUGUAAACGGAAAGAAGCUAUCCAACGGCGCCGACACUACCAACGCCUCCAAUGGCAACGUGCCGGCGGCGACAACGACAGCACCGAGCCUAGCGGUUCCGCAGGCCGUUAUCAAUGACGCGCUCAAAGUCACGCGCGAAAGCCUGGAGAUGGUGUGUGAGAUUGAGGCGAACGGGGCAACGUGACAUGUUUGAUUCCCCCCAACAAGAAAUCUUGAACCAGGCCACACACACAAAGCACCCAUCCAGUUUUGAUUAUCUUUUUAUCACACACAAAUCCUCAGAUUUCAUGUCACCUGCGGCGAUGUACAAGAGAAAAGGGCCAGUACCGUUGCUGACCUCGGCUUUGGUAUUUCGUUAUAGGGGUCUGGCGCCGGCGCCAAAAGUAAGCAGCCAGUAGGGCUGAGAAAUGAUGGAAGCAAUAAGCGGAGAAAGCUGUCGUCAAGAGACGAUCGAGUCUACUGUCAAGUUGACAGUUUUCCCAGUCAUGUGGAGGAUGGACACAGUCAGGGUCUUAACGGCGGGGGGGAGAAGGAGGAGGAAAGAGAUGGUCGCAACCAAGGCGUUGCCUCAGGUUCGACAAUAGCAACUGCGGCCGCAGAGGAUGAUCCGUCGAUAUCCGAUGAUGACCAACGAGAAAUUGUCAGAAGGCAUCACCCAAGGGUAACCAACGCCCUGCCGGAUGCUCUUCGGAGAGCCGGCCUGUUGACCCAGAGGUUUCAUGAUAGUCGGCCUCAGGAGCAGGGGCAACACGAAAGCCAACUCCAACAUCCACAACAAAUUCAACAUCAAACCACACGUCAUCCUCUGCCUGGAUCUCCCACCCGAACAUAUCUUCAACAACCACAGCCACACUUUGAGCCCCAGCCUGGCGCAUCACAUGCCGGAGUGGGCAAUGCGCAGGAAGCACUUCAAAGUCAAGACACCGUAGGGACAGCUGCCCAAGCAGACUCCUCAGAGCAACCGAGCUAGAUGGGCAUGGAAGACUACUUGGGCCACGGAGGAAUCAUUCAGCAUGGUCAAUAUGGCAUGUACAUAGCUGGAACUUGUUUUGACCAGUUGCAACGAGGAAGAAGCCGGUGAAUCUGUAGCCCUGGUAUACAUAUAUGCCAAAAAAAAAACAUGUAUGAAUCUGAACGAAUUGUCGGGAUAAAGACACAUCUUCAAGGGAAGGGGAAACUAUAGGUGUAACGCAGCGUCAAACCUCUGUGAUUUUCAUCCAUCA